AUGAAAUUCAUAGAUUUUCUCUUUGCAGUGAAACCUCUUUUUCCAAUAUUAAUAGCUAUUGUUUUAGCUGCUUAUUUGGUUAUCAAAAUUCAUGGCAAUAGAUUAGUUGACAAGAAAAGAAAAUAUCACCCUAUUGCUGGCACAGUCUUGCAUCAACUGUUCCACUUUCACAGGUUGCUAGAGUACAUGACUGACCUUACAAAUAAGAGAAAAACUUACAGGUUGCUUAGCUUCACUAGAAGUGAAGUGUACACUGCAAACCCUGCUAAUAUUGAGCAUAUGCUAGUCACAAACUUCUCAAACUAUGGCAAGGGUUGGUAUCACCACAGUGUCUUGGAAGAUCUACUGGGAGAUGGUAUAUUCACAGUGGACGGAGAGCAGUGGCGACAUCAGAGAAAAUCAGCAAGCUAUCAAUUCUCAACUAAGUUAUUGAGAGAAUUCAGCAGCUCAGUGUUCAAAUCCAACGCAGUAAAACUUGCAGGGAUAGUGUCUGAAGCUGCAAUCUCAAACAAUACUAUUGAACUGCAGGACCUGUUCAUGAAAUCAACUCUAGAUUCUGUAUUCAAGGUUAUUCUUGGUGUAGAAUUGGACACAAUGUGUGGAACCUAUAGAGAAGGUACACAAUUUUCCACUGCUUUUGAUGAAGCAAGUGAAGCUAUCAUGUUUCGGUAUGUUAACUUUCUCUGGAAGGUUCAGCGGUUCUUGAACAUUGGAUCGGAAGCAGUACUAAAAAAAAGCCUAAGAGUGAUCGACGACUACGUAUACAAAGUAAUCACAAGCAAGAUUGAGCAAUCUCAAAAGCCACAAGAUAACUCUCUUGGGCUGAAAGGAGACAUUUUGUCAAGGUUUCUAGAAUUGAAUGAGACAGAUUCAAAGUACCUUAAAGACAUUAUUUUGAGUUUUAUCAUUGCAGGGAAAGAUACAACAGCAAUCACUCUUUCUUGGUUUAUUUACCAACUCUGCAAGCAUCCUCAUGUGCAGGAAAAGAUUGCGCAAGAGAUUAGGGACGUAACAAAAUUAGAAAAUGGUUUAACCAUUGAUGAACUUGCAGCUAAAGUAACUGAAGAAAGCAUGAAAAAGAUGCAGUAUCUGCAUGCAGCUUUGACCGAAACUAUCAGGCUCCAUCCAGCAGUUCCAGUGGAAAGUAGGUAUUGUUUUUCGGAUGACACGCUACCAGAUGGAUAUAGUGUGAGGAAAGGUGAUCUUGUUUCAUUCCAACCAUAUGUGAUGGGAAGGAUGAAAUUCUUGUGGGGUGAAGAUGCUGAGCAAUUCAGGCCAGAGAGAUGGCUUGAUGAAAAUGGAAAUUUUAAGAAAGAAAGCUCUUUUAAGUUCACUGCCUUCCAGGGGGGUCCAAGAAUUUGCCUUGGCAAAGACUUUGCAUACAGACAGAUGAAGAUAUAUUCUGCAAUUCUGUUAGGUAGCCACGGCUUCAAACUAGCAGACCAAAAUAAAUUGGUGAAAUACAGAAUCAUGCUCACUCUACAAAUUGAUGGUGGCCUACAUGUCUAUGCUUUUCAGAGAAAUAAAUAAUGGCCUUUCUAUGGAACACAUUUGCCACUGUAAAAAAUGAUUUAGUAGUACUAAAUGAUUUUCCACCAAGACAA